GUCCGGGCGGGAUAAUGGCGUCUGGUUGAUGGACUGGUUUUGUUGUAUUCUCCCCCUCCGCCCGGUGCGUCUGUUUCUUUCAAGCUUGCGGAGAAAGCAGAAAACACGUUAAAAGAGAGCAGGGGAGUGUCGGGGGCCGGCUUUUUCUCAACCGUGAAGUAUCAGGAACAACCCGACCGCACCUUUUUUUUUCUUCUUGUUUCGCUUUUCGCACGUCCACUCAUCUCAUGGCUGGGUUGGGGGUGAUCAUGAACGGCGUGAGGGAGAAGCUGGAGGCGGUUUUAAACGUGGCCCUGCGAGUGCCCAGCAUCAUGGUGCUGGAGAUGCUGUACCGGUGGGACGUGAGUUCCUUCUUCCAGCAGAUCCAGGCCCGCAACAACAACAAUCUGCUCUUCCAGUACAAGUACCUGGCGCUUAACCUCCACUAUGUUGGAUAUAUAAUAAGUCUCGUUCUUCUAACCUUGCCUCGGCAGCACUUGGUUCAGCUCUAUCUAUAUGUUUUGACUGCAUUACUUUUGUAUGCUGGGCAUCAAAUUUCCAGGGACUUUGUGAGGAGUGAGAUAGAAUUCGGCCAUGAUGGACCUGUGUAUGAGGAGCCUUUGUCAUUGAACCGCUUCACUACAGCUUUAAUAGGACAACUGGUGGUGUGCACACUUUGUUCCUUUGUAAUGAAGACAAAACAGAUUUGGUUAUUUUCUGCCCACCUGCUCCCCUUACUGGCACGAUACUGCAUGGUUCCUGUGGAAAUGCUCAUCAUUAUCAACAGAUUUGCCAUGAUAUUCACGGGACUGGAGGUGCUUUAUUUCCUGGCCUCAAACCUGCUGGUACCAUACAAGCUGGCAAAAUCAGCCUAUAGGGAGCUGGUGCAGGUAGUAGAAGUAUAUGGUUUGUUGGCACUGGGAAUGUCUCUCUGGAAUCAGCUGGUUGUCCCUGUGCUCUUCAUGGUUUUCUGGCUGGUCCUGUUUGCUCUUCAGAUUUACUCUUACUUCAGUACACGUGAUCACCCUACAUCACGUGAAAGACUGCUCUUCCUCUUCCUUACCAGUAUUGCAGAAUGUUGCAGCACUCCUUACUCCUUGCUGGGCCUCAUGUUCACAAUCUCCUUUAUUACCCUGGGUGUCCUCACACUUUGCAAAUUCUACCUUCAAGGUUAUGGCGCAUUCAUGAAUGACAAUCUAAUGCACAGGGGAAUGACUGAAGGUAUCACAUUGCUGAUUCUAGCAGUGCAGACUGGUCUGAUUGAAUUACAGGUUGUGCAUCGAGCCUUUCUGCUAAGCAUCAUCCUCUUCAUUGUGGUAGCUUCCAUUCUUCAGUCAAUGUUAGAAAUUGCUGAUCCAAUUGUUCUCGCACUUGGAGCUUCAAGAAACAAGAGUUUGUGGAAGCAUUUUCGAGCAGUCAGUCUGUGUUUGUUCUUGCUGGUAUUUCCAGCUUAUAUGGCCUACAUGAUUUCUCAGUUUUUUCAAAUGGACUUUUGGCUGCUUAUCAUCAUCUCCAGUAGCGUUCUGACUUCAUUGCAGGUACUAGGAACUCUCUUCAUCUAUAUUCUUUUUAUGGUGGAGGAAUUCAGUAAGGAACCAAUGGAAAAUCUUGAUGACGUGAUCUAUUAUGUGAAUGGUACAUACCGCCUGCUUGAAUUCUUGGUGGCUUUGUGCGUUGUUGCCUAUGGUAUAGCAGAGACAAUAUUAGGAGAAUGGACUUGGAUGGGAUCAUCGAUCAUCUUUGUCCAUUCUUACUUCAAUGUCUGGCUUCGAGCACAGUUGGGAUGGAAGAGCUUUCUUCUCCGCAGGGAUGCAGCAAACAAAAUCAAUUCGCUGCCAACUGCCACUAAAGAGCAGCUUGAAGAGCACAAUGAUAUUUGUUCCAUCUGUUACCAGGAUAUGCAUUCUGCAGUAAUUACACCAUGCAGCCAUUUCUUUCAUUCGGCCUGCCUUAAGAAGUGGUUGUACGUGCAGGAAACUUGCCCAUUAUGUCAUCAGCAGCUGAAAUGUCAAGGGCAGCAAGUCGGGGCAUCACCACAGCAAGGAACAGGCGAGCAGUUACCCCCUAAUGAGGGCAGAACAGAACAAGAAUUGGCCGGACAAGAAUAUCAGUCUGCUGGUCAGGUUCCAGAUCCACCCAUGAUUUCUGAAGAAGAUCGUAUGGAGCACAACAAUGAGUGCCAGAAACGUCUAAAUACUGAUUGUCUUUCUCAUGGUGACCCAGGCACAGAUGAUCGUCUAUGCCUAAAAAAUGGCAAAGCUGAGUUUGCAUAUCCAGAACUUUGUGAGGGUGAAGAUCAGCAAUUGUCUGCAACACAACAGAAUUUUAAUGAACAACACAUGGAGGUGUCAAAUUCCCAUGAAACAACAUUAUCCUUAAUGUGCCAUGAUACUGCAAUGAUAGAAUAACGUUGACAAUGUUUUCAAUAUGAACUUGUCAGUUUAAACAAAAAGGGGAAAUAAGAUACAUUUACAGAAAAAAAAGAAUGUAAUGUUCUCACAAGCAGGUCUGGAGACAUUUUGUAAGAAGGGAUCUAGCGAUUUUUGUUGCCCCAUCAUCUUUACAGUAUUAGACAGCCAUGGCAGAAUGGAGAGGAUGUUUUUGUUAGAUCUUUUGUAGGCAUGAAAUAAUUAGAUUGAUUGGCGUAUUAUAUUUAUAUAUAAUUAGAGGUUUUAAGCAUGGUUAGAAUCACAUGCUGCAAGCAGACUUUUUAAUAAAAUAAAAACUAAAUUUUGUAGCUCUAUAUUCAGCAACUGUAAUUGCACUGUCAUAGUUUAUAGUGCAUUCCAAAGUGUUAGCAAGUACCUGAUGAAUGGUGCGUGAAUAACUUUGGCUUUUCUAUACCUGCUCAAUGAAGUAGACUGGAGCUUUUAUGAACACUGUGAUUCCUUUGGGGUUCUUGAAGGGUCAUAAGUGGGAUGAACUUCAGGAUACAGAUAAGGGCAGGGUUGCACAAUAUAUAUGACAUGUUUGACUUUUGAAACCUGAGAGGUACAGUAUUAUUUUCAAUUUGACUUCGGCUUGUGGAAAUGAUUACAUUAACUUGUAUGAUAAAACACAGCAAAGAAAGCCAUUUUGUAGCUUUGAUAGGUUUUGCACAGCUUUCUUUUUGGAAGAAGAGAAUACUAAUGUAUUUUCUUAAUUUAUCAUGGCUUAAAUAGGUUCACUUUUGAAUUUACCGUGUGUAUUUGAAAAGAAAAAGUAAUGUUUUUUUUAUUAACAGCGAGUGAACCAGACAAAUGGGAGUCUUACUCUGUAGUUUUUGAAAGUUGACAUUCUUAAUGUGAACAACUUGUGAACAAGCAAGCUAGUGUUGAAUAAUAAAUGGAAUCGUGGAUAGAAUCAUUUCUGACCCAGUUUCUUGGGAACUUUUUUUUGCGAUGUGUAUGUAUGAAUAAAUGCACAAAGAUCAUUAAAUGCACUUCUGAUUUC